UUAAGUCUUUCUUUAUAUAAUGGCAAGAAUCACGUCAGAUCCUCUUGUGAUUGGGAGGGUUGUGGGAGAUGUAGUCGACAACUUCACUCCAACUGUUGAGAUGUCUGUAACCUACAACUUAUCAAAGCAAGUUUACAAUGGCCAUGAGCUGUUCCCUUCAUCUGUCACUGCUAAACCUAAGGUUGAUGUUCGUGGUGGUGACAUGAGAUCCUUCUUUACACUGAUUAUGACAGACCCAGAUGUUCCUGGUCCUAGUGAUCCAUAUCUCAGAGAGCACUUGCACUGGAUUGUUACAGACAUUCCAGGCACAACGGAUUCCUCGUUUGGAAAAGAGGUAGUGAGCUAUGAAACACCUAGGCCAAACAUUGGCAUCCACAGGUUUGUGUUUCUGCUUUAUAAGCAAAGGGGAAGGCAGACUGUUACUUGCCCAUCUUCAAGGCGUAGUUUCAACACUCGCAAUUUUGCUCAAGAAAAUCAACUGGGAUCGCCUGUUGCUGCUGUCUUUUUCAACUGUCAAAGGGAAACUGCAGCCAGAAGACGUUAAUUAUUAAUUAGUUAAUUUUAAAUUAAAGACCCAUCCAUGAUGA